AUGGCCACAUUACCUGCAGAAAUUCUACAGUACAUCUUCACCUUCCUCUCGGUGGAGGACAUUAUUCGUCUUCGGAGGGUCUGCGGGUACCUCCAUCAAGCUAGCCAGGAUCGCUUUGUCUGGAGCAUGGUAUACAAAUCUUGCCGACUACCUCGUUUCCCUGGUCCCCUUCCCGAACAAACCACGCUUCAUCUCGAAAAUUCUUUGACUCAAAGUGCGAAGUGGGCAUCGUCGGCCCAAGCCACAGUAAAGUCACACUCGACACGACAAUCUCACGACCUCUACCGUGACUCAACCCAUGGUAGCGCCCUCUUCAUAGAUCACUGGGUCGUAGUAGCAACAUCGGAACAAAUCAGCUGCUAUGACGUGGACUCGGAGAACGCUUCCAUCAUCUAUAAUGCUUCCCAAUUCAGAAUCGCCGGUUUUCAGGUUGUCGAGGUACCAUAUUCUCCAGGACGGCGUGGCGCAUUUCUGCUAGUUCAAGAGUAUGAAGACCACGACACUUUGUAUAGUAACAAGAGGUAA